ACUGCCGUUUCCCUCAUCGACAAGAAUACGGGGGAAGAGUUGCCGAUUGAGACGAAUCGCUAUUAUUCGGUGCAAAACCAAAAGACAUCAAAGUUUCUCAUUUGGUUCGGACGGAACGGUACUAUAGCUGAGGGUUGGCAUCAAAGUCAACGGACAGCCAAAUACUACCAUAUAUUCAGUCAAAUACCCGACCAGUCGGAGCACUGGUAUAAAAUGAGUCACCAUUUCGGAAGCCAUGUGGUGAAAGUGACGAAAGCACCGGUAGAUGGAUAUUAUCUCAUUUAUGAUAGGGAUUGUGGCAAUGGUGAUAAUCCCAUAGGUGACCUGGAUGACCAUGUCAAGUCCGUGAGUCUGGUCGACAAAAACACGGGCGAAGAGAUGCCCAUAAAAUCCAAUACCUAUUACUCGAUACAGAACCACAAGACCCAGAAGUACUUGAUAUGGUUUGGCAAGAAUGGCACAGUGACCGACGCACCCGAUAGUAAGCAAGGUCGCUUUUGGCACACAUUCACCCUCAUUGCCAACCAGACGGAGCACUGGUAUAAAAUGAACCACUAUUUCGGUAGUCAUAUCGUAAAACUAUCCAAAGCUCAUGAGGACGGCUAUUAUCAGAUCUAUAAUAAAAAUUGCUAUAACGGCGAUAAUCCGAAUAGUGACUCGGAUGAGUUUGGCAAUAUAAGUUGCCUGGAGCCUAAAACCGAGGGCGAUCACCAGGAGUUUCAUUGGAAGUUCAGUGAAAAACCUUAUACUACCCUACAAAAGGUUGGCAUCAUUGAUAUCAACACUAGUAAAAAGCUUCCGAUUAAGACAUAUACGGAUUAUUCGCUACAAAACCAAAAGACGGGUCGUUAUCUGAUAUGGGGUCCAAACGCCGGUGCUGUCAAUGGUCCACCCGAUCCCAAGAAUGACACAUGGUGGCAUAACUUCACCUUUCUCACCACGCCCACACCUUCCUACUAUCGUAUGAUUCAUGGUGUCGGUGCGGUACAUGUCGUACACGUGUCCACUGCCCCGGUUAGCGGGUACUACAGGUUUUAUAAUAAGGACUGUCCCGAAGCUAACGGCUCCUCGCACCCAAACAGUGAUUAUAAUUCAAAUGGUUAUAUCUGGUGCGAUAUGCCUACACCGGGCCUACAAAAGGAUGGUAUCAUUGAUAUCAACACUAAUAAAAAGCUUCCGAUUAAGACAUUAACGGAUUAUUCGCUACAAAACCAAAAGACGGGCCGUUAUCUGAUAUGGAGUCCAACGUUCGGUGCUGUCAAUGGUCCACCCGAUCCCAAGAAUAACACGUGGUAUCAUAACUUCACAUUUCUCACGUCACCCACACCUGCCUACUAUCGUAUGAUUCACGGUGCCGGUGCCGUACAUGUUGUACACGUGUCCACUGCCCCGGUUAGCGGGUACUACAGGUUUUAUAAUAAGGACUGUCCCGAAGCUAAUGGCUCGUCGCACCCGAAUAGUGAUUAUAAUUCAAAUGGUUAUAUCUGGUGCGAUAUGCCUACACCGGUGGUCCCGGAGCCCAUAAUAGACAGAAAUACCGGGGAGGAGUUGCCGAUAAUGACUCACACCUACUAUGCCAUACAGAAUCAGAGGACCAGUAAGUACUUGAUAUGGUUUGGCAAAGCGGGCACUCAGGCCGAGGAUCUGGAUUAUAAUAAACCCAAGUUUUGGCAUAUAUUUCAUAAACUGGACAAAGGGUGGUAUAAAAUGUAUCACCACUUCUGGAGUCAUACCGUUAAGAUUGGCAAAUCACAUACAGAUGAAGGCUUUUACCAGAUUUAUAAUAGAGAUUGCUACAGCGCUGAGCACCCGAAUGGCGACGCCGACGUGAACGGCACUAUCAAGUGCUUCAUACCGGAUGUCAAAAGCGAUUACUCGGAGUUUAAUUGGCGUUUCCUUCCCAAACAGGGCUCCAAAAAGGCUACAGAUGUCGAUGACAUGAAGCCAUCACCCGACCGGCCCAACCCACUAUUCAAAGCACUGGUACCUAUCGGUGCCCUUAUAAUCUUAGGCAUUGUCUUAUAUGUGGUAAAACAUAAGGGUAUUCCUGGUGAGGGGUCCCAGCCUACUGUUACCUAUAUCCAUAGUAAUCCAGCCUAUAUGCCCGAACCUACCAACACUCAAAUUACUACUGUACCACAACAAGAGCAUAAUAAUAAUGUUAACAAGUCAUUUUAUUGA